UCCCUUUUGCCCUUUCCACUUUCAAGAGAGAAGACACAUUUUGCGGCGGAUAAGCGUCGAGGAGAGGCCAGAGCAAGAAACAACAAAGGGUAUCAGACAGCAACCUAAACACAUAAGAUGACUGCCGAAAGAUCGAUUGUGAUCAUCACGUCCGACAAUGACCGCUUCAACGUGGAGAGAAAGGUGGCAGAGAAGUCCCUUCUCAUCAAAAACAUGCUCAAGAACCUUCUUCCUGCCGAGGGGGAAGAGGAGUCGGACGAUGAAGACCAGGACACUAUCGAGGUGCCUACACAGAACGUGCGGUCGGCAGUGAUGAAAAACAUUUUGGAAUGGUGUGAACACUACAAGAACACAGACUUUCCGGACGAUGAUCAGGAGGACGAUUCGAAGAAAUCAGCCCCUAUUGACCCAUGGGAUAAGAACUUUCUUAACGUCGACCAGGAGAUGCUUUACGAAAUCAUUUUGGCCGCCAACUACCUAAACAUCAAGCCCUUACUCAAUGCGGGAUGCAAAAUCGUUGCCGAAAUGAUAAGAGGGAAGUCUCCUGAAGAGAUACGGAAGACGUUCAACAUAGUCAACGACUUCACGCCUGAGGAGGAGGCGGCAAUCAGAAGGGAAAAUGAAUGGGCUGAGGACCGCUAAUUCCUGUUUCCUAUCUUUUUCCUUCUCUAUUUCUAGUUCCAUUUGUAUAGCUUGUCCGAUAUAGUACGUACUUACUGUGCCACCCAUCCCUUUAUCCUCCCUCGCCACUUAUUUUGAAUUUCGUUUCUUUCGAAGAGAUUAGGCUGGA